UUUAUUGCUUUAUUUGUUGUAGUUACCAUGGCAGCAAGAGCAACAAAAGAUUGGCGCCUGGACUGUAAAGUAUAUAUUGGUGACUUAGGUUAUGGUGCUGCUAAACAAGAAAUAGAAGAUGUAUUCCAGAGAUAUGGUCCAUUAAGAAAUGUAUGGGUGGCUAGAAACCCACCAGGAUUUGCUUUUGUUGAAUUUCAGGAUCCCAGGGACGCUGAAGAUGCUACAAAGGCUCUUGAUGGCACGAGAGUAAAUGGUAGAAGGGUACAAGUAGAAAUGUCAUCAGGAAAGUCACGCUGGGGUAAAGAUGGUCCUCCUAAACGUGGAGGAGGAUACAGAGAUGACUGGAGACAGGGUGGUAGCAGAGGUGGAGGUAGAGGAGGUGGUUAUAGUGGCGGAAGAGGUCGUUCAAGGUCUCCUCCUCCAAGACGCAGGGACUCACCAUCACCAAGGAGACGAGGACGAAGUGAUAGUCGUAGCAGGUCAAAUUCACCUUACAGAAGGAGGUCAAGGUCACCAGUGGACAGAAAGAAGGACUGGUGAAUAUCAAGAUAACAUGGACAGAAAUAUUGUUAGACGGUCAGCAGAUACAACCAGAUUGUUGUUAUCCUUUUAGUCAGGAUGUCUGAUAUUUUAAUGUUAGCAUUUUAAAUGGAAUACGUAACAUCAGAUUUAUUUUAAUAAAUGUAUUUUUUUAUGAUUUGAAUCUGUAAAGA